AUACAACAAACGCCGCAAGGCAUUUGUCCAAUGUGCGCGAGUGUGUCCGUGUUUGAAUUAAAAAUUGAAAGCCGACAGCCUGCUCAUUAAAAUAAAUGCUGCUGCAAAUAUUACGUAUUCGCCGCGUGCUACUGCUGGUGCUGCCACUGCUUAGCAAAUCAAAGAAACUAAAGUGGAAGGCGGCCAAGCGACAGUGCAUCGAUUUCCACGCCAAUGUAGUGUCAAUAAUGUCAAAGGUCAACCAAAGUGCACACACAGUUGCCUAAGCAGGCGCCUUUACCAAACAUAUUUAAACAGGCGCUGCAACAACCACAACAUCGCCCAGUCGCUCUACAAAGACAACAUUCGAGCAGUACUCGAUAGUAUUUAUUAAGUGAAAAUAUCUCGAUGACAAAGCAAACAGCGUAAACAUUUGGCUAUAUGUUAUAGAGAGAUAAAUAUAAACCAACGAUAGCACAAAAGUGUACAACAACAACGGCAACAGCAACAAUACUAAUUGAAGCUUUCUGGACGAUUCAAUUCAUUUGAACAAUCAAUCGCUCAUCUCGGCCGAGACCACGGGCCCCAAAAUGGAUUACGGCCUGGGACUGCUGCUGCUGAGCGCUCUUUUAAUUGAUUUUAAAUGCAUUUCCGGUCUGUUCGUGACGGAGAUUACGGUGCCGGAAAUUGUAGAUUUUCGCGAUAAUGUGACGCUGUCGUGCAGCUACGACAUGAGUGGCCACACCUUGAACUCGGUGAAGUGGUAUAAGGAUCGCAUGGAGUUUUUCAGAUACACGCCAUUGAUGCAUCCGGUUUACAUGAAAUUUCCGGUGGUCGGUGUGCAGGUGCUGGACGGCAAAUACUUUUGCAAUGAGUCCACCUGCCGUGUGGAUCUGAGCAUGCUUGGCGGCAAGUCUUCGGGGGUAUACAAGUGUGAGGUGUCCGGCGAUGCACCACACUUCAAGUUGGCCGCCCGUGAGGACAAUAUGACAGUGGCAGCUCUGCCACAAAGUGAUCCACUAAUUGAGAGUUUCAACUCCAUGUAUCGCAUGGAGGAGUUUCUGAGCGCCACUUGCUCCUCGGACUACUCCAGCCUGCCCACCAAACUGACGUGGUACAUUAAUGGCGAGCAGCCACUGCUCGGGGAGCUGCAGCCUACAGUGGACACCAGCAUUCCCGCCCACGACUACGUAUUGCGUCGCCAACGUCUUCAGGUGCAUUUCUAUCUACAGGGCCAGCGCUUCUACCAGGCUGGCAAGAUACUGGAGCUCAAGUGCGUAGCGGAAAUUGAAAAUUAUCCGGAGCUGCGGCGCCAGACAACACUUAGCGCAGCUCUGACGCACUUUGAUAAUUUGAACAAUCAGAUGCUAAUACAUGCGGGCACAAAUGAUGCCGCGGCCACGAAAAGCUGUUGCAUUUUGACAAGGACGACGCUAAUUUCCGCCUGCUUUGUGAUAUUUCUGCUAACGAAAUGUUUGUGGCACCAAUCAUGAGCAUCAUUGUUGGAAUCACCAUCAGCAUCAACACCAGCAUCGGCGUCAGCGUCACAAUCCCAGCCUGAGUUUGUUGAGUACGCGUCUAAAUGUGGGUGUGAGAGGGCUCCUCUGGCUGUGGCAAGUGAGCUGCCUGUGGCAACUAUAUCAACACAUUAGUUAGUUAGUUAGAAUUAAAGACAAACCUAGACACAAACGUGAACGCUGUCGAAGCACACACAAACACACUCACACACACUCACAGGCAUUUCAGGUACGCAUUCAAACAAAAUUAGUCAAAAAUUGAGCAAGUUUGCUGCUAUUCAAGUUUGAGUUCUGUGGAGCGAAGUAUUUGGGAAGAAUUUGGGUUGGGGGACUUAGCAUAAGGGAGGGCGUUCGCGUAUUUGUCAUUUGUAUAUAUGGAGGAGAGUUGUAAUUUAAUUUGUGAAGUGCGCCAAGUGCAUGCAAUUUAAGGACUAGUUGAAAAUAGCAAACAAUGCAGGCGCUAAUUGGAUGGCGUUGAAAUGCAUGGUUUGUAUGUGUACUUUGCAAUGAAUUAAAUUCAAAUUGUUUUUAGACUAACGCAACAAUGAUAUUAUUGAUGUAAUAGCUCUUAAGUGGUUUAGU